UGACAGGUUCGGAAUCUACGCCAUGCCAUUGACUGACAUGUUAUCUGAGUUAUUUAUAGAAUCAAGGAAUAUCUCCCCGAGAGGGUUUGUGUGGAUGUUUACUCUGUCUGUGAUACAGGAAGCCACCAAAAUGAUCCAAAACGGGACAGAGUAGCAACCCUUAUGCUCUAUGUAGAAAUGACACGGGGAGAACGUUGUAAAGGGAGCGAAUGUAAUCAUCUUAUAACGACAUGUUGUUAACAAGACAGCGGAUGUUUUCAUUUUAGGGUUCAACCGUGUCGGAGGAUGCACGUUCAUUUAUGAGCCAAGUGUUUCGCGCCUUACACACACGACCAGUGUGUUAUUUACGGAGACCCAUACUCCUAAUGCUUUCCACGCAGCUACAGAAAAAAGGCGGGCUUUGCUGUCUCCCUACGACAAGUUGCAUCGGGAGAUCGGAAUCUCCUCAUCGCACGCACGAUGUACGUCGAUGAAUGUACGUGAGCUUCUCUCCCUUGUCAGAUCGACGGAAACCGACGCCGCGGCAUCUUGUAGAAUCCAUUCUAAUUUAUGAAGCCAUCCUACGCAGCAACAGGGAAGAAAAGAGUAGCCAUUUUGUUGGCAGUACAUCUCAUUUUAACAAUCAGGAGUAAAGGGUAUAUCGCCUCUAAAGAGGUAUUCCGUCACGUCGGUGGGGUUCGUUUGUGACUCUGUGUGUUUGGAAUCGCACCACCGCCCAGGUAUUUAUACACACCAACGGAAAACAUUCCGAAGAUAGGGAGAAAGGUAUUCAUAUCUGGUACUGAUAUAGAAGUCUGUGGUUGAUGUUAUUUAUCGUGUGUUUUAGUGCAAAUGGGCUCAGCGGGUCAGAGCAUACCUCGCUCCUAAUGAGAAUAUCACAUCUCGCUGUGACGACGUCAUCCUCAUAUCACUUUAUGACACAAGUUAGUGAUGUUUAAAGAGUUGGUUUCGAUUUGAGGUCUGUCAUUUUCAUUGUCAUCAGCUCAUAUGCGUUUCCCAUCUGUUUCUCGAUAGAGUGAUCACACCGUCAAUAUAUAUAAGCCAACAGGUUUGUGCUGUUUGCUCGGGAUAAUAAACGUAUGGCAAAAGAGAGAGUGUGAAUAUAUUUAAUUGGAGAUUAAAUGGCCAGUGUUCUUGUAUCACGAACAAGUGCACCAACAACCAACAUGAAUGGAAUACCGGACUCAGAUGGGGAAAGCCCCACACACAUGCAACAGGGAGGGGGUUCCCCUUGUAAACCAGCCCGACAGCAGGAUCCGAGUGGAGCCGAAACCUACGUGAAACUUAGUCCAAACGAUCUGGGUGCCACUUGUGAAGGACUGACUAUGAUGCCACACCAUGGACAGUCAGCGUCUAAGCAGCAGCUGGGUGGCGGGAGCAUCCAAAAUGGGUGUGAAGGGGCAGGAUCCUCACCAACAGGACAUGUUCUUUUUACAGCUCAAAGCUUCGAGGAGCUCUUCCUUGACAAGAUCUUCUUGCAAAGACUCUUUUUGUACCUCACGCCGGUAGAGCGUUGUGGACUCGCACACGUUUGUAAAUGUUGGAAGGAUGUUUUGUACCAACCAAUGUUCUGGAAGACGGUCACACCGAUCCUUCAUCGCAGAGACUUGUACGAGGAACAGGACGAUGGCACCAAGAAUUUCACAUCUCUAUCGAGUUUCGAGCUGCGUGGUUUUGAAUCAGUUUGUUUGGUCAGCGUUUCGGAUUUGGAUAUCUGUGAGUUCAUUGACCAUUGUCCACGAACAAAGAAGUUCCUACGCGCCAUUUCACUGAAACGCUCCACGGUGACCGAUGCUGGGUUGGAGGUCAUGCUGGAGCAACUUGGGUCCGUGACAUCACUGGAGUUAAGUGGAUGUAACGAUUUCACGGAAGCGGGACUUUGGGCCAGUCUUCAGCCUAGGUUAACAUCCUUGAGCAUCAGUGAUUGUAUCAACGUCGCAGAUGAGAGCGUCGCGGCCAUUGCGCAAAGGCUUCCCCACCUGCGUGAGCUGAACCUUCAGGCUUAUCAUGUAACCGACGCCGUCCUUGGCUGUCUAGUGGCACAGAGAUGUGGCACCUUGACCACUCUAAGGCUCAAGUCUUGCUGGGAACUGACCAACCAGGCUGUAGUGAACCUUAUUCACUGCCUGCCACAGCUCACUACUCUUUCACUGUCAGGGUGCAGUAAAAUCACCGAUGAGGCUAUUGAGCUCAUAGCAGAGAAUCUUGGCCAGCUCAGGUGUCUAGAUCUAUCAUGGUGCCCUCGUAUCACGGAUGCUGCUUUGGAAUACAUCGCAUGUGAUCUGCCGAAGCUGGAGGAACUCACAUUAGACAGGCAAGUUUUGUGUGUUGACAGUAUAUGUUUAUAUUUUUUGAUGACAUAAUAUCUAUAUCAUAUAGGCCUACCCGGAUCAUAUAUUUUUACACAUGAUGUAUUUAUUAGAAGUGUUUGGAAUGAUUGUUUAUAAUUGCUCUGAAUAUGUUUCAAAGUGCGUUGUGGUCAGAUGAUGAGUAUCGCGGAUUCGCAGGCUUAAAAUAACCAAACAGAUGAAUGGGUGUGUUUUAGAUCAUUAUCUCAUAACGUCAUCCCAAUCUAAUGAACAUCUUCAGUGAUACUGUAAUACAUGUAAGCAAAAUUAUAACAGGAAUGAAUUGUUAACGCAUUAACAAUUUGAUGCAUGAUAAACAUGAAGAAAAUGCAACUGCUUUUAAAGCACUGCGAUCUUACAAAAUGAAUGACGCUUUCCUUUUUUUAAACAAUAAUGGCUAUCAGUAAAACGUGAUAGUGUCGAGUCUUUUGUAUUUUGAUGACAUCAUUAUUAAGAACUUACGAAAACAGUAUUUGGUUCUAUAAGAUCUCCUAAAUAGAUCGAUCUCUAGCAAUACUAGAACAUAAAAGAUGAAAAUAGGAAUAGGAUCUUGAUGACAUGAUUUACGAGAAGGAUGAAGGUUACGUAUACAACUGCAUUUCUGGUCUUUCAAUGCGGUUUUCAAAAUUGUUUUGCUUUGGCAAAUUCGAAGUGACCAAAUGGACAAAAAGGAGUAUCAAUGAAUACAAAGGCAGCAUCCUUGAAAGGAUGGCCGAAAGGGAAAUAAAAACAGAAAGCGGAAAAAAGAAGAAAAAAAAGAGUAAUCAGAACUAAGUGGAAGAAUCUUAUCUUUCGUGGUAUAUGCUUUGAAUUGUGAGCUGUAUAAUGUACAUGUAAAUAAGAGUCAUGUUUGACAUGUUAGAAUUCGCUUCGUGUUUUUAUAGCGACCUGCAUGAACAUUGAAAGAAACUAGAAAAAAAGAACUUAUUCAUUAUGUAUAUACCAGACGACGCUUCAACAACGAAAUUUUUAUUCCUUUUCAGUAAUAGCCAAACACAUGACAUAAUUGUAUCAAAAUGUCAAAUUUGAUUGUGAUAAAACUGUAAAUUCAUUGAGCAAUUUUUUAUAUACCCGUGUCCUGUAAUAAACUUACGAUGUAUAAUUGCAUCACCACCUAUAUUUUAUAUCUGCCCAUAAAACUUUUGAUCCUAUAAUAUAUUAAAGGACAAGUCCACCACCACAAAAGUUGACUUGACGAAGGAGUAAAAUCAAACAAAUGAGCAUAUAACGCUGAAAAUUUCCUCAAAAUCGG